AUGAAAGAUGAGCAGAAGGUAAAUGCUCCAGAUAUGUUGUCAACGUUCUUCUCCUUUGCCAAUCUCUGGGAUUAUAUGGCUUUCUAUGGCAACGAUAUGCGAUUAUCGUCGGUUCUUCUGUACAACACGUUCGAUCGUUGGUCUCAGCUACGAGCCCCUGACGAGUCAUCUGACGAAAUUGACGAAAUUUUGACGAACAUGGAGAAAAGAUUGAGAAAAUUGGUAAAGUCCAUAUCUCUCGAAGAUUCUCGCCUUUUCCUGACCAGUUCGGAACGAGACCAAUUGUUACAUCUUCUAGUCGAACUUGAUGCGGACAGUGGCAGAAGGAAGCUGUUGCAUGAAGAUACUUCUUACGACAAGAAUGCUACGCUCCUAGAUCAUUUACGGGAACCGUUACCGGAACAAUCAUAUCAUGGUAACCAGUACCGGUUGGAGAAUGUUCCUAAGGAGACAUAUAUAAAGAAAUUCCCCGAACACAUUGCCACCGAGAAAGCACCAUGGUUGUACGUUGAGAAUUACACGGGUUCUACGAAAAAGGUAAAGCCUCUAGUGAACAUUUUAAGUUAUGCAUGGCUAAUAUCCUUUCUUGAGAACCCUGAAAUGCCUGCCGAACGUUUAUUGGACUCGUGGAAUUGGUUGGAGAACAUCCGCACGACGAUGGAACGAUUACUUGAUGAUCGGCCCCAUAAUCCAUUAAGGCUGUUCGUCAAGGUUAUCUCAGUUGCUGAGAUAGCAGAAAUGGUAAUGGAAUCGUUGAAAGCGGUCUGUUCCCUCGGGCAGAACUUACUCCCAAUUGGUGUUUUCGAAUACGACCUUGUAUCCCCGAUUGUGCGUUCUGUACAUGCCAAAUUUGUACAGAAACUCGGAAUCGAUGAGACGAAGAUGUGGUCCUCUGUGUUUGACGAUUAUGUGGCGCUCUUCGACGACGAUGAGAUCGCUCGACUACAUACUCACAGGGAAUGGUGGAUCAAAUGCUGUCGUCGAAAUGGUAUUCCAUACGAGGAGCUUCAUACAGAAUCGCGGCAACAAAUAGCUCAAUUUCUCACAGAAGUAAUCAUCGAAGCUUGCAAAUUUCCGUUCACGGACAAGAGGGGAACAAGUAUUCCAUACGAGGAGCUUCAUACAGAAUCGCGGCAACAAAUAGCUCAAUUUCUCACAGAAGUAAUCAUCGAAGCUUGCAAAUUUCCGUUCACGGACAAGAGGGGAACAAAGGAAUCACGGGUGUUUGAAGAAGGACGAGUUACCCUGUCGAAGAUGUUGGCCAUAAACUCGAAACUUCUAGCAUUGUUAGAUGAGCAUCCAUUCGAUUUCAUUGUUUUCCCUACGCAUCAUCUUCCUAUGACGGUGCCGCCUAGACCUUGGUGUGAUGGGGGAGUGGGAGGUCCAGAGUAUACUCGACGAACACAGAUCCUCCGCAAUUUACCAGGAUAUAAGCAGAUCGAUGUCAAUGCUCAAAUGCGGAAACGUUUAAAAUCACGGUUAGUUUUUGAAAUGUCAUCAGAUGUAUCUAAAGCUGAACUUCUUGAUACCCUAGCUGUACCUCUUCGAUCGGAUACAGUUGAAGUGCCUGAGUAUCAUGAGUUCUUUGGCGAGGAAAUUCGUAAUGGUACUGUAGAUAAGAAGAAAUAUGUGGAGUACAGCAAGAAUAAGGCGGAAGCUGUCAAGACCAGGAAUGAACUGAAUUCAUUGUGGUGUUGGAUGAAAUAUCGUAUAGUGCUGGCAAGGCAUUUUCGCGGACCGGACAUAACGAAUUAUUUUCCCCAACAUAAUGGAUUUUCGGUGGAGCGGUGUUUAUUCCCUAUUUCGCCGUACCUGAGUCACAUGGGUGAUGACGUCAAUCGAUGUAUACUAAAGUUUGCUAAAGGGCGCCCAUUAGGAGAUCGCGGUCUGUACUGGUUGAAACUCCACUGUAUAAACCUCACGGGUAAAAUGAAGAGGGACAGCAUCAAAGAUCGUAUCAUUGCUGCAGAUCAACAAUUGGAUGACAUAUUGGAUUCAGCUAACCAUCCGCUUGACGGAAAGGGAUGGUGGCUGGAGUCAGAAGAGCCUUGGCAGACGUUAGCGGCAUGUAUGGAAAUUCGUGAUGCACUCGCUUUUCCAGGAAAGACUGAGGAUUUCGUGAGGUCAGUUCUAUCUAUUUUCAGAUUUUUGGCAGAAAAAUGGGUGGUUUUCUGUCUACCUGCCCUUUACUGCCCCACCUUUUGA